AUGGCACGACCAACACCUUAUGGACCCUCAGUGAGCCCUGGACCUACUUCCUACCGCUGUCAAAUUGCCCAAGCUGAUCGCAUUGCAGACCGUUACCUCCGCACUGUGGACUUCUCGACCACGCGCGAUUUGUCCGAUCCUUCUCUGAUCACCGCCAAACCUCUUCUGGAUUUUGUGCCUACUUUUGACGAGGGUGCCUUCUGGGAAGAUGGUCAGAAACUCUACGUCGUGGCCGGUCUGCAAGGGUGCUGGUAUCACCUUACGGAACAGGGAUCGUUCGUAGAGUCAGCUUGGAGCCUUGCAGACCUGUCAGGGCAAAGCAUAUACUAUUAUGACAUCGGCUUGGGCAAAUGGUUGACGGAUACUGCACUGCAGAACUAUUCACAGACAGGUCUACCGAUGGAUUCGACAUUCUCUUGGAACUAUUUUGGUUGGAACUCACGUCUCGCAAUAGGCUACGUCCACAAUGGCAUCGGGGCCGCCGGACACGCACGCCUGAACCCUAACACCGAUGUAUACGUCCUCGUCCCCGGAAUUCCUCAGAUCGGAGAAAGGUUCAUAGCGUCCUUCAACACCAGCGACUGGACUUGGACCAAUAAGACGAUCUCGUCGGAGCUUGUGCCGACGUGGAGCGAACGUGGCAGCUUGGUAUUUCUCCCUGGAACCGAGUCAAACAGCGGUGGAUUGGCCGUUGCACUUGGGGGAGACACAAGACCUGAUACCCAAUAUUUGAGCUUGAGACGAGUACUAUUGUACGAUACGGAGGCAGAUGAGUGGUUUGAGCAAGACACCACCUCCGAAGGGGGAACAUAUCCAGCGCCACGCGCGUCCUUCUGUGCUGUCGCCAUGAGCGCUGCAGAUGGCAGUAGCCACAAUAUCUAUGUAUAUGGUGGUUUACAGGCAGCUACCAACGAUGCGCUUGGUGACGUCUGGAUCCUCACGCUUCCUGCAUUCCAUUGGAUUCCUGUCACCACGAGCUCAGUACCGCGAUCUGCGCCUGCCUGUGCCGUGGUGGUCGACAGGUAUCUAGUCACAUACGGCGGCAUGCAUCAAACGAUCGAAUGGCCAAUCCCAGCCAGAUACGACUGGCCAUGCGAUCAGGCGCAAUCUGGUCUUAGGCUCUUCGACCUUACACACCUAGAAUGGACAUCCACUUAUGAAGCACCACCUGAGCAGUCCUUCUCCGUGACAAGCAAAUUUUCUACGACGUCGAAUUUGUAUGCUAUUCCCAGCCAAGUGUACAACAUCAUCGGCGGGAAUGCCGGUGGCGGUGCGACUAUGACGGCACCGACUGCUGGGUUUGCGACCAACACUGCACUCGCCUCGAUAUUUGCGAACGCCAUCAAAGUGUCAGGCUCUCCCAGCAACACAGCUUCCGCUGCCACUCCGUCCAUAAACAGCAGCAACACACCUUCCGCGACUACUUCAGCCACAGGUACCGGCAGCACCGCCACCGGGUCACAUUCAAGCCAUUCUCAUGCUGGGGCUAUUGCUGGUGGUGUGGUGGGUGGGGUUGGCGGUCUUGUCGCUAUCGUUGCCAGUCUAACAUGGUUCGGCCGGCGGGGAAGACAAAAGACUAGCUUUCCUGACGCCCUUGAGGUGAGCAAGGGUCCACAUGAGGUUGACGGGAAGAGCUCGCAAAGGGUCAACAGUACGAGGCCAUACGAGGUUGGCGGGAAUGAAAGGCACGAAGCUGAUGGAAGUGAAAGGUGUGGAGCUGAUGGGAGUGAAAGGCACGAAGCCGAUGGUAAGCAGACAGCUAAACCGGCAGAUCUUACUCACGAGCUCGAGGCGCCUCUCAAAUAG